GUUAGAACCGCGUCGUGUGACCUUCUGCGUCACUACAUGGUCACUCAAGUUUUAUGAAUUCUGGUCAUAGCAGACUUCAACUAGAAGUUCUUCGUUUGUAUCGAAAUUUUCUACGAACUGUUGAUUUGUUGCAGUUCAAGUCCAAGUUAGAAAAUGGUACUAGCAAUGUAAAUAACGGUUCUAACUUUGAUCAACUCAAAGAGUUUAUCCGUUCUGAGUUUCGAUCUCAAGCAAGUGCCUACAAAAAGACUGAUAUUUUUGGUGUAGAGGCAGCACUGCGUCGUGGUCAGAGACGCCUUGAAGAUAUUAAGUCCGGAACUGUCGUAGGCAUUAGAAAAAUAUCCCUCCGAAAGGAACAAUGACAAACGGUAGACUGGCCGGAAAACUCAAACGUUUUGUCGAUACUCUUAACACAGAUCGAACAAACUAUGUAGCUUCUUUUGCUUAUGGAUCUGUCGUUUUUCCACAGAAGGACAGAACAUCAAGUAAUUCACUUAUUGAUAUAAUUAUAAUUGUUCGUAAUCCUGUGGAAUGGCAUCUGAAAAAUAUUUCUGAAAAUCCUAAUCACUACAAUUUUUUAUUUCGGAAUUAUGCCAAAAAGUACCAGUCAUCAAGCCUAGAGGUGUUUCUUUCUCGUAUUCCCGGUCCCAAAGUCUAUUACAAUCCGUUUAUUGAAUGGAGUGAUCCACUUGAUAAUACCAAACUGUCGUUUAAAUAUGGUGUAGUUUCAUUGGAUAAUCUACUCACCGAUUUGUGUGAUUGGUCACAUCUCUACUUAGCUGGACGCCUACAAAAGCCUGUAUUAUGGAUUCCUAGUGGGUCUGAUCUCUCUUCACCCCAAGUUUAUGAUGAAAAAUUGUGUGUAUCACAAAACAAAAAUCUACUUGCGUCCAUAUCUUACUCAAUUUUACAAAAUUAUCCGACAAAUUUCCCAUUGAGUGAAUAUGACUUAUUCUACACAAUUUCUUCAAUAUCUUACACUGGAGAUUGGCGAAUGAUUAUCGGUGAAGAUCGACAGAAAGUAAGGCGCUUAGUGUCUGGUGAAAGCCGAUUAUCUGAAUUUCGCACGCUUUAUAAUAAUACAUUGGAUUCUCUCCAACUAUACGGUUUUUCUCUUAAACCAUCUUCAAAAUCUAAUCUCUGUAAAAAUGAGUUGCAUUGGUUUAAGCCAUGUAACAAUGAAUCUGAAAAUGUUUUUCAACUUCUGAAAAAUAUUCCCGAUCACAUAUGCUUACUUUCUGUUCAAGAGACUUGGAAUCAUAAUCCUAAUGAUGCUCGAACAUUUUUAUCAAAUUUAUCGCAUACAGAUAGAAAUAAACGGUUACAAAAUACUUUAUCUAAUAUAGUCAGAAAGUCUAGUCUAUAUCAAACUGGUUUAGGUUUAGUUUCCGCUGGACCUAAACGAUCUUUAAGAUAUGCAUUAGCAAAACUUAAUAAAAUGUUUGCUAGUUUAGGAUUAAUUAAAUGGAGCUAGUUGUCAUUAUACUGUUCAAUCUUAUUUACUUCAUAUCACGAUGUUAAAUAUUUUUUAGUACUGUUUCCCCCUUGUGUGUGAUUUUUUUGAAUGACAUUUUGUUUACUAUGACUGCGUUUCUUAAUAAUUUCUGUUAUCUUCUAACAGUUUAGUUAUUUGAGUUAUUUUCGAAAUUUUCAUGCUCUUAUGAACAUUAAUGUACCAGAAAAAUAAAACGAUAAGUCUGAUUUUUUUUAAAUAUUUUAUCAGUUUCUGUUAAAAUUUUAUAACUUACAAAGAUGGGUCGUAGUGAACGAACGUUCAGGUGAGGACAACCAAUCUAUUGUUGAAUACAAAAUUACAGGGUGCUUUUGCAAAAUGUGAAAACCAUACAUUAAAUACUUCAUUAGAAAACCUUCCAUCAAUUGCCCUUCAUCAUUCUUCCAAUUCUCAAUACCUUUAUAUUCCCCUUCCUGUUUUCUUUAGUCCAUUCUUCUCAACUUUCUUUUGACAGGCAUUCCACUUUUGAUCGCUGUUACAUACUACUUAUGUCUAUCGACGUAAAUAGCAUACAUCACAGGGUCAGUUCAUACAUUACACUUUCAGUGGAGAAAAUACCUAAAACUGUGUGUCAAGAGUGAUAAUUGGAAAAAAAUAAUGGAAAUAAAACUAUAAGAUGUACUCUAGUUACCACAUAGUGAAGAGGGAACUUAUCUUCAUUAUUGGUGAACUCUCCAAAUAUCGAUUUCUAACAUAAAACAUCCGACCAGAAGUCCUUACAUGAUUCCCACCAAUAUAAGUGAUGAUAUGGACAAGUGCCAUGUCUUGAACAUAUUAAAAUUCCCAGUUUCUGUUAAGCCACCUAUUAUUACACACAGUUACUGAUGAACUGUUCUAUUAAUAAAUAUAAACGAAAAUUAUUUUCCUAUGCAUUUUUAUGGAAAUUGGUUGUU